UGUCGUUUUCUAUUAAAAAAAUUAGGUUCGUAUUUCUGUUUUCAGUUGCAGCCGACUUCUUUCUUCCGCUUCCUUCUUCCGUUUUUGUUUCACUGAGCUUACGAACCUGAUUUGCCUUCAAAGGCUUCAAUGGAUUUCUCUCUAGAUGAUUCAGCUGUUGUGAAUUCAUCGAUUGAAUUCGGAGAUUCUAUUCCUUUUAUUAUACAUGAUAACGUGAUUCCUUCAUCCGUUGACAAUAAUUUUGAAUGUGAUCAGCAGGUUCAUAUCGAGCACAUUGGAGAAGAUGAAACUGGUUCAAUGGCUUCUUUAUAAAUUGUUACAUCUUCUUAGUAGAGAUACAUUUGCAACUAUUGACAAGGCAACCGAGAAUAAAUCACUUGUUGGAUUGUGUGUUAAAUCUGAAAAGGAUGCUUAUAAUCUUUACAACAGUCAUGCUUUUGAAAAUGGAUUUGGUAUUCGAAGAUGCAAACAGAGGUUUAGGAGUGGCAAUGUAAGUUUGAUUAUGAAGUCUUACUGUUGUUGGAAAGAAGGGAAGAAACUACAAAAGGGCACUGAAAACAAAAUGUAUACGAAAUUAGAUUAUCGUUCAGGUUGUAAAGCAAAGUUGCAGUUUUCUAUUAGUGUUGAUGGUGAAUGGACUGUUUCAAAGCAUAUUACUGAUCACAACCAUUCUUUUUGUCCAAUUGGUCAAAGGCCCCUUCUCAAAUCACAUCGAGGUGUUGAUCAUGAGUAUCUUGAAUUUAUUAUGUUGAUGAAGGAGAGCGGGACAAAGGUUUCUGAUAUUCACCGUAUGCUUCAAAAAUAGGCAGGUGGGGUUAGUGCUCUUGGAUUCACCAAACGUGAUGCUUAUAACGUUCUAGAAUCUGAAAAGAGUAAAACGUUUGAUG